AUGAUGGAUUUCGGUAAUCCUAAGCUCCUCUGGAUUCAUCCUGCUCCAAGCUGGACACGUCUGGAUUCCUUCCGUCGUUACAUCAAUAGAAAGCAUGGCCUUCAUCUGAGGGACUACCAUGACCUGCACGGCUAUUCAGUGACAGACUACACGUUCUGGCAAGACUUCUGGGAGUUCAUGGGUAUCAGGUACUCGCAAAGUCCUGAGAAGGCCAUAAAGCCGGGCAGCCAUAGGCUCGUGCCAGAAUGGUUCCCAGGUGCUCGUACCAACUACGCCGAGAAUCUUCUCUGGCGCGAUGAUGACGGCUUAGCUAUAACAGAAAGCAGUGAGACUGGAGAGGUCUGCUCAUAUAGCUAUCGGCAGCUCAGAGAGAAGGUCCGGGUGAUGGCCGCUGCUCUGCGACGCAACGGACUUGUGUCCGGAGAUCGCGUAGCCGCGGUAGUAGCGAACAACACCAAUGCAGUUGUCCUCGCUCUAGCGACUGCUAGUGUCGGGGCAAUAUUCUCGAGCACAGCUACGGACAUGGGAACUCAGGGCAUACUUGACCGAUACCGGCAGAUUCAGCCGAAGUUCCUCUUCAUAGAGACCUUAGCUGUGUAUGGGGGAAAGCGCAUCGACCUGGUUCCAAAGGCCGCUGCGGUUACUGCUGAGCUGACGAAGUGCGGUCUGCAAUAUGCAGUUCUGUUACCUGGCGGUGCUAUCUCGGAUGAUGCGCUGCAACAUAUGUCAAAUAGUAUGAGUCUGGAAAGCUUUCUCGCGUCCGGAGACGGUAGACCACUAGAUUUCGAGCAGUUGCCAUUCAACCACCCCUUAUACAUCCUAUACUCUUCCGGGACGACUGGGGCGCCUAAGUGCAUUGUGCACGGCGCAGGGGGUGUUCUGAUGCAGACCUGGAAAGAUAUCGCACUCACCUGGGACGUCGGUGUGAAUGACACCUAUUUCCAGUACACUACAACUGGAUGGAUGAUGUGGCCCUUCAUGCUUACUGGGCUAGCAUGUGGCGCCCGCAUCGUCCUAUAUGAAGGCUCCCCCUUCUACCCGAGCGUGAAACACUAUCUACAGUUCAUCGACAGCCAGAAUGUUACCGUCUUCGGCACAAGCCCACGGUUUCUAUCCGAAGUCCAAGGCCGCGGUAUCAACCCCUUGAAGGAUAUCGGGACCUUCAGCGCCCUUCGUACAGUUAACAGUACUGGCGCAGUACUAACCACGCCUCUUUGGGAAUGGGCGCAGACCGCCUUCGGUCGUGACAAGUGCAUCGUAGCGUCAUCUGGUGGUACCGAUAUAUGCAGCGGUUUCAUCUCAGCGGCACCGACUCUGCCGAACUAUGCGGGUGAGAUGCAAUGUAAGUCUCUAGGAAUGAAGGUCGAGAUAUUCGACCCGGAGGGGCGGAACAUCGAAGAGACCGGGCAGGCUGGCGAGCUUGUCUGUGUGCGCCCACAUCCCUCGCUUCCCCUCAAGUUCUGGGGAGAUGAUGACCAGCACACGAAGUAUAUGGCCGCCUACUACUCGAUGUAUCCGGACAUCUGGAGGCACGGCGACUUCAUCGCACGCAACCCACGUACGCGCGGCUACGUGAUCUACGGCCGUUCUGACGGCGUCUUGAACCCUUCUGGCGUGCGCUUCGGGUCAGGCGAGAUAUAUAAUGCCCUUGAACGUUUCGGAAGUAUCGUCGACGACAGCAUCUGUGUCGGACAGCGACGUCCACAAGAUGCGCACGAGCGUGUGCUGCUGUUCGUUAAGAUGCGUGACGGCCAUGAGUUGACACCGUCGCUCGAGGCCGAGAUACGCGAAGCGAUCAAGAACGCACUGAGUGCGCGGCACGUUCCUUCAUUCAUCUUUUCGGUGGAUGAAAUACCGUACACGGUGAACAUGAAGAAGAUUGAGAUUGCGGUCAAGCAGAUCGUUUCCGGUUCGAACGUACAGCCCAGUGGAACGGUCGCAAACCCGGACUCAUUGAAACUGUACUACAAGUACAAGGACAUCGAGAACUUCGCUGCUAAGAGCAAGGCUAAGUUGUAG